AUGGCUGCUGCCGAUCAAAGGAAGGAACUGUGGAGGCUCCUCCUUAACCUCUCCGAAGAAUGCCAAUCCAUGCUCCAGCUCAAGCGCAUUCAUGCCCGUCUCCUCCGCCACCACAUCUCUGCCCCCCUCAUCCUCUCCAAACUCCUCCUCUUCGCCGCCGUUUCUCCCCACGGCAACCUCCGCUACGCUACUCUCCUCUUCUCCCACCACCAACACCACCACCAAGACAUCUCACUCUCCCGCUGCAGCAGCACAACGGCCUUCUUCUACAAUACCCUCAUGCGAGGCUACGCCAACACCACUUCCCCAUCCCUUUCUCUCUCCCUCUUUAUCUCCAUGCGCCGUCACUCUGUUCCUCCUGACCACUUCACCUUCACCUUCCUCCUGAAAGCUCAGACCCGCGCCUCCUCCCUUUCUUCUAAUGAUGACGCUUCCAUCCACGCGCAAGUCUUUAAGUUCGGCUGCUUGGGAUCUCAGGGAACACAUCUCCACGUCCACAACGCCCUUAUCCACCUUUAUGCGUCCCUGGCGCUCCCAGAUGCCGCCCUCCAGAUGCUUGCUGAAAUGCCUGUUAGGCCGGAUGCCGUCUCCUGGUCCGGUCUUCUCAAUGCCCACCUACGCGCGGGUGAUCCCGACGGCGCCAGAGCUGUUUUCGACGAAAUUAUCCCCGCGGAGCAUCGGGACGUGGUGUCGUGGACUGCUAUGAUCUCAGCAGGACAAAGAGCCAAGAAUUCCACCAAGCCGGUAAUCGCUUCUAGCUGUGCGCAUCCCCCUAGGGAAAUUGUCUCCAAUUUUUUCUUCUCAAUAUCAUCUCUUAGCUUAACAGCAUAUCAGAAGACUCCUUUGUAA